UGACAUCAUUUGUACUCACUCCCCCGCCGUCUUCGUCGUAGUGGGAGGCGGUGGACAUCCGUCCGAGAACUAGUGUCCGUCACAAUUCCGGGCCGGUUUGACACAUUUCGGAAAAAGUCGGGGAAGAAGAAAUUUUCAAAAAAAAAAAAAAAACGAAAGUACACAGUGCCGUUGGGAAAUUUCGAGUUUUGAAUUGUUAUGUAGUGUCUUGUGGAUUUUUCAUCUUUAAAGUCUUUCAGGCGCAGGAAAUGGAGCUGUGGACUGUAAGCUUGGGACUGUUUUUCGCGCUGGCCGUCGAUUCUAUGCCUCAGGAGAUCAUGCCGUACAUUCCAAACUUAUCCCCUAAAGAUAGAUGUAAUGGUGUUGUAAUUAGAGGACCUUGCACAGACUGGAGUCCAAAAUGGUACUUCAACCAGACGAUACAAGCCUGCCGGACGUUCAUUUACGGGGGUUGCAAGGGGGAGAAUGUGUUCAACUCGGAAGCUGAAUGUCUUCAUUACUGCAUAGGAGGGCAGCACACUCUCCCACCGAACUUGAGGCCGAGAAACGUAACAACGGACAAACCGGAAAUCCUCAGGGUCCCAAAGACGACCACGAUCCCGCCUGCGCCUUACGACGAGCGAGGCGCGAAGCUGACGUUCGCGGAAACGGGCUACCAAGAAGUAUUCAUGAUGGCCAAAAGCAACGCGUUUAUACAGUUAGAUGGAAACAGGAUCACCGAAUUCCAAUUGAGAAUGAGCAGAGAAAUAUCUUUUCAAUUCCGGACACGACUGCCACAUGGACUUUUGGUCUAUCACAGCAUCAAAGACAGGCCUCCUGGACUAAAUCCUUACGCUUUGUACGUCAUUGUUGAAAAAGGCCAGUUGAAAGUCGUCCAUGUCUUCGGCAAACAUUCCACAUCCAUGAUAGUUGGUGAAGGUCUAAACCGUGACAGGUGGCACAGCGUGACUGUGACUAUCGACCUCGAGCAGGGAAGACUGAAAGCCACGGUGGACGACCAGUCUGGAGAGGACAAAAUCCAGGGUUUCCACAAAUCCAAGAACUACGGAGUUACAAAAGAUUUAACAUCAGUCGUUCUCAUUGGAGGACUGAGCCCGGAAGAGAAACUCCACGGUGUGAAGUACAUUAUCGAAUCGUUUGUCGGUUGCAUCAAAGACGUGAGGCUAAGCGCUGGUAAAAAUGUUUCCUCGCUCACUGCGAUAAUCCCACUCAUAGCCACGAAACACGAUAAUGUCCUCGAAGGAUGCAUUGACAAAUGCAGGACGAGAGAAAAUUUGUGCUUCGUUGGUAGCAAAUGUAUUAAUCAUUACAAUCAUUUAUCAUGCGAUUGCUUCGGCACAUACUAUGAAGGAGAACAAUGUGAUAUAUACACUGCCACGAUACUUACACUAAGAGGCUUUUCAUUUGUAUCAUACCGAGUCUAUGACUGGAAAGAUCGAGUCCACUCUAGUGUAAAUAGAAUAAGUUUACAUUUUAAAACAAGAUUUGAUGAUUCAGCGCUUUUUUAUGCAAGUGGUGAAAACAUAUAUCCUCCUUAUCGCCACUACAUAGGGAUUUCUUUGCUCAACUCGACGAUAAUAGUCGACAUUGAUCUCGGAUAUGGUGCAGUUGUUAAGAGAAUGGGCUCUCAUCUGACCGACAACAAAUGGCACAAUUUGACCCUGCUGCAUGUCAACUCAACCGUCACAAUCUACCUUGACGACACAGUCGCCGAGAUGAAGUUGCCAGGUAGUAAUAGGCAUUUGUACAUCGACCCAGAAAUCAACAUAGGCGGUGGAACAGAGCUGAACAAAAACAAGGGAUUGUACUCAGUCAAUAAUUUCAUCGGCUCGCUCAAAUACGUCUUUUACAAUGAUGCAUCCAUCCUGUACGAGCUUAACAAGACAAGUCAUAAAGUGCAUUACAUCGGUGUCCUGGAGCCGUUGUUCGCCGAAGUUGACGUCGAUGUCAUUCCGAUGACUUUUCCUUUCUCAUCGAGCAAUUUUGCAUGGAAAGUAGCCAGUCGUGAAUUUCUUCACUUGCAGUUUGAGUACAAAUCGAAUAAAAAUGCUGCUGUCAUUGCCGCAUCGGCUGUCAUGUCAGAAAAAAAACCAGGAUGGUGGGAGCUAAAAAUAGUCAACGAUGAGCUGAGAUUUGAAUUAGUUCCUGACUCUAUGAAAAAUGUCACAUAUCUUUUAAGCGUCAAGGUGGAAACGAAAAACGUCUGGCAUUCUGUAGAAGUUUUAUAUUUGAAAGGCGAAGUUGCACUGACUGUCGGAAAGAAACCAAGGCAAAAGAUGAAGAUAACAGAACAGAUUUUACUCGGAGAUAAAAUUGUAAUUGGAAGCGCAUACCCUGGCGGCAAGGCAAGUGUGGGUUUUGUCGGCUGUUUGCGCGAAGUCUUCAUUAACAGAGAGUUUGUCGAGCCGAGGCUCGUUGUUCUCUCGAAACGCACGACCGGCGAGGUGUCCCUUGACAACUGCGAACUCGUCGACCCUUGUAAAAGGCCCAACGCUUGUGAACACAACGGUAAGUGUUCCGUGAAAGACGACCGGCUUACGUGCGAUUGCAAAGACACAGGAUACAUCGGAAAAAACUGUCAUUUCGCCAAAUUUAGAAAGACAUGUGAAGAGCUCGCCCUCUUGGGCUAUACAAAGCCUGAUGUUUAUUUAAUUGAUAUCGACGGCAAUGGAAGAUUUCCUCCGGCACAUGUUAAAUGCGAAUUUCAGUCUUUUGAAGAUUCAACGAAAACUAUUGUAGAGCACAACUUACCAAGCCAAGUGGAUGUGCGAAGUGCGUCUGAAAGUGACUUCAGCUUUCAGAUUAUGUACAGAGAGUUUACAUCCGAGAUGCUCCAGGAGCUGAUAUCUCAUUCGCUUUACUGUUCUCAGUACAUCAAGUAUGAUUGUUACAAAGCGCCACUUGAACUUCAUUCUGCAACUUGGUUUGUAGCAGCGGCGAAUAACGGGACUGUAGACUACCUCGGAAAUGUAAAACGAGGCUCUUGCACUUGUGCAGAAAAUAGAACAUGCGUGAGUACGGAACAGUCGUGCAACUGCGACAUAUCCGAGGCGAAAUGGCUGUCAGACGAUGGUUAUUACAUCUCUCCCAAUUCUCUCGGUAUCACUCAAAUGGUGUUCCUCCAACAGACUGAUCUAGAAGAAGACGCGCUCGGAAGGAUCACCCUAGGCCCAUUGGAAUGCGUCGAAACAAAUACGCAGAAAUACGUUGUGACAUUUACAACGAGCCAGUCUUACAUAGAAGUCCCGGGGUGGCGCAAAGGGGACAUUGCUUUUAGUUUCAGAACCACAGGGGAAAAAGCUAUUCUCCUGUAUCAACCGCCGAUAAGACCGCAUCAUCCAUCCUUCAUGGUGGCACUUACAAGUGAUUUUCAACUUACAUUCAAUUUUACACUAAACACUGGAAAUUCUCGUGAAUUGGCUGUAAAAUCUCAGAGGAAGCUUAACAGCGGUGAAUGGCAGAAAAUAUGGAUAGAUUACAACGAGCAUCACGUUAGGUUUAUGAUAAAUACGGAUUAUCAAAUGGUGGAUCUUUUGCCUGACGAGGAAUUCGGCCCGUUCGAAGGUAGCAUGUUCAUCGGCGGAGCAACCGAAGAACUUCUUGUGGAGAGAUCGGUGAAACAAGGCCUUAUAGGUUGUUUCAGGGGUUUGGUCGUCAACGGCGAGAUCCUCGACAUAUAUUCCUACAUGUCGGUGCACCUUUCUGAGAUAAUACAAGACUGCAAGCCGUCCUGCUACCCGAAUCCUUGCAAAAAUGGCGCAAAGUGUAAAGAGCUUUGGAGCACGUUCCAGUGCGUUUGUGAGAACUCAUGGGCGUACAUCGGAACUUUCUGCGAAACGAACAUAAAUGAAAAUGGAAUAACACAAGUAUUGAGGGAGCCGCAUGUGAGCAAAAAUUUCCUCUCGAUGGCAAACGAAACGGAUAAGUCGACGUUCAAAAACCUCCUGCAAGAGACGAUCCUCCUCAAUAUCAGGACGUACGACAACCAUUCGCUUAUUCUUCACGCAAACGACCAUUUGAACAAUUUCAUCCAGCUGUACAUUAAAAACGAAAGUAGGGUCGUUUUCUGCUUCAAUUCGGGUGACUUGAUUCACAACGUGAGCGUCGACUACCACGGAUUGAAUAGUGGAAAAUCUGUUCAAAUAGCGAUUGUAAGAAAUUACAACGAGACGAUACUGCACGUUAAUGAUAAAAACAGCACGGUUAUUGCACCUAUUCUUCUUCUUACUAAUUAUUCCAGCAAGCCUUGGGCAAAUCCUGAACAAGAAGUUUUAGCGCCUCAACGUCCCCCUGCACCACCAACAGAAUAUUUCCAAGUGAAUAUCGGCGGAUAUGAAAACUUGCUGAAUGCUGGGCAAGACAAGCCUCUUGAGGGGUUCAUCGGUUGCAUCAGGGGGCUGAAAAUCGGUGACACAGUUGUAAACCUGACAAAUUACAUAGAAGAGAAAACCGAUAACGCCUCUGUGAGCAUGAUACCUGGAUGUCGAAUGAAGUGUGAUGAGAAUCCAUGUAAAAAUCAGGGGAUCUGCAUCGAAGAUUUUCUCAAGGGCGAGGCUUCUUGUAACUGUGAGUUCACCUCCUAUGAAGGUGAAUCAUGUAGUGAAGAAAAAGGUGCCGAUUUCGGCGGUGAGUCAGUUCUACAGAGGAAAUUCACUCUCGAAGCCAACAGUACGAUAAACAAUAUCAAAGUCCAACUUGCGUUUUCCAGUUCUGACAACAGGCAGAGAAGCACGGCUCUUCUCUUACUUCAAACCGUUAACAAAAGGAGUUAUUACCUAAUUGUAGCACUGAAUAUUGAAGGCGAUUUGAUCAUAGAGGAGGACAGAGAAGGAUCAGCAUACGGUGUUAAAAUGAAAGACAGAUCUUUCCUCAACGGAGCCAGGCAUUCUGUCUAUUACAAACGGAUAAAUGACUCUGCCAUACUUCUCGUUGACCGCGAGGAAGUUCAAUUGGUACCGAUACCUGUUCUAAGUUUGACUGAAGUCCCCGGGAACCAUGGUGCUAAUGAAGUACAAGUUGGAGGGUUGAACACAAGCGAUCCACGGUUCGCGGCAUACAUGAGCUACAGUGGUUGUCUUUCCAAUGUAAUUCUGGAAGUUAACGGACAAGAGAUGAAGCCUCUGGAGGAGUACAUGUCCUGGAAAACUGGUAGUACGGUACAUGUACAAAAAUCCCAAGGCGUGCGAAGUGCUCAGUGUGCAUUUUUUGAAGCGAUGAAUAAACCAAGGCCUGGUCCUGUGCUCAACCUGAGCUCAGUCAGUGGAGAAGAAGAGCAUACAUGGGUUGAAGACCCUCCUGCGAAAAUCCCUUACAAGUCGCUUUAUUCUGGACCGUCGACUGCAGAAGAAGGAACAGGGAGAGUUCUGUUUAUAAUCGCCACGUCAAUGUUCUGCAUAUUUGUAACCGGUACGUUUUACCACGUCUAUCGGACUCAUGUCGCUUAUAAACGGAGGAAAGAAGCUGAAACGACGAUUCUAUGGCAUAACGCUCCGAUUCAGUAUAAAGAGCCUCCUAUACCUAUAGCACCUAUCAAGUCUGUCAGGUCGAGAAGUGUGUGCGAGGGUAGCCUGUACACCGGGCAGAACGGAAGGCCUGUACAGUACCAGGAAUCACUUCUAAGACCCGCAAUCAAACUCACCAGGUCAAAGAGUCAGGAUGAUAGCAUCAAAUCUUCUUCGCACAACGGCUCCGAUUUGAAACCGGUCUACAAAUCAUCACCGAGCACUCCAGCCCCUGUCGUACGAUUCAGAAUACCUUCCGACGAUCAUAUUAUCAGAGAAAAUGGAAUACAAGAGAAAAACAUAGAUGAAGAGGAGAGAAGAGAACUUUUGAAGCCCUCUUUGACCAACGAGAUCAAAGAGGAUUUCAAACCAAAUGAAGUUAUCGUAAAACCGAAUCUCGAUGUAGUUACUUACACCAUUGACGAAGACCAUGCGGGCGAAAUGGAAGAAGAGGAAGAAAUGCAGCGCAACUUGCGACCCAGGAGUGUUGAUUUUAGCGUCGGCGGUAAAGACAAGUUGGAGGAAGUCGACAGAAACAGGAAUUCAAUCGCUUCAAGUUCAACAUCGCUUUCGUCGACGGGCGGCAGACAACUUUGGGGAAAGCUCUUAGGACCGGUUUAUCUCAACGAGAGGCUGCGCAGCUUCGGCACCCCGCUCAGCUACUUCAGGGUGCAAAGGUUUCGAAGGCCUUCGGCAAACCGAAGUAAAGAGUCGGUCAUGUCUUUGGACUAGAGUUUUACUUUCAUCCGAACACAAAGUGUCAAGGACCCGAAAUUCAGCCAAUUUUUAACUUUAGUUUAUGCAAGAACCGAUUGAAAUUAGAUCUCUUGUAAUUUUUGUUUUUAAUUGUAAAUUUUCUUUAGAUAUAAUUUCUUUUUAAAAUUAUACUCAUGGAAAUAGUUUUUUAAUAUUUAGUGUAGGCUAUAUGUUAUGAUUAAUGUGAUAAUAAAAAGAAUAAGAAUGUAUAUAAGCGAAACUUUUUUUUUUUAAUUUUUCGAAUUCAGUCAGAUCAAAUUAAUAAAAUGAUACCAAAAUUACCAGUAUCUUUUAACCCUUUUCAAAUACUAUAGAUUUAUGAAUAAAUAACUAAAGUUUAUUAUUUUUUAUAUGCAGUCUUAUCUAAGUUAAGUAGAAAAUAGAUUUUUAAAAAGGCUAUUGUUAGUAGCAGAUGCCAUAAUUUUAAAUGACUUUUUUUUGUAAUUUAGACUGAAAAUAAAUUAUGUAUUUAUAAAAGUUCAUGUUAUAUAAAUAAACACAUCUAUUUAUCCAUUUAAAAUACAUUCCUCUAAUAGUUUUUAUCUAUUAGUGACAAAAUUGUGAAAUCUAGCUUGGAUGAUUUACGAGCUAUAAAAAUUAAGGCUGUUAUAAUAAAAUUAUA